GCGGCUCAUUUGAGUUGCGAGCACCGUGUGGAAAUGAUUCGGCCCCUCCCGACUCUACUGCUUCUUUGUGGCCUGCUGCUGCUGCUGCUGCCCCCUUGCCCUAGGGUGUCUGCCCAGGCAAAUGCCAGCGAGGUGAGUCUCUACGACGACACCGACAAUGUGGAGAUGCUGGACAUCGAAUCGCUGCGGCCGGCUCUGUACCAGAACACCCACUGCAAGCUGGUCCAGUUCCUCAACUCCUUCUGCGGCGACUGCCAGCGCUUCGCCCCAGUUUUCAAGGCCAUGUCCCGAGACCUCUACAAGUGGCGAAGGCUUCUCCGGAUCUACGGCGUGGACUGUGCCCAGGAGCGCAACUCGGCACUCUGCAGGGAUUACAACAUUAGACAGACGCCCACGCUGCGAUUUUUUGGCCCCAAGGUUACGAACAAAACGAUCGUCUACGGAGAACAAAUUAACUCGCAGAAUCCUAAGCGUAUCACCGCCUAUAUGGCUGAGUAUAUACCCCGAAACGAUUUCGGACCCGGCCAACCCAACUUCCGUCGUCUGAAAUCGGGUGAAACCGCAAAGAGUCUUUUCCAGAGUUACCAGGAUGCACAAAGCCCGGUUGAGUUCAUUGUCGUAGUCCUUGAGCAACGUUCUCGCCCCGGAAUUCAAAUCCUUAUUGGUAGGAACACGCUGCUGGAUCUGCUGCCCUACAAGGAAGUGGCAGUGCGGUACUCUGUGGACCCCAACAUUUUCGCCAACUUUGGCCUGCCACCCUCCAAUGAGAAGUUAGCCAUCUUCGGCAGGGCCGGAAGUGCCCAGUACCUGCAUCCUUCUACGAACACAAGUGAAGCCUAUGUCCAGGUUGUUGGGGAGUUCCUUGAAAAGCAGAACAUAAAGCCAGUACCUCCACUGCCCGCCCCCAAAGAGAAGAACGACGGAUCCUUCUUGGACAUUCAAAAACAGGCCAUCCUUGCCGAGGUUCUUAAGCCACCAGCAAAAGUCUAUCGAGCGGAUUUGGAACAGGCCAUCGAUAAGCUUCUCCACGUGGAGCUUCAGAAAUGGGUUUCCUAUGAAAAAGAAAAUUAUCGCGCUUUGACAAACAUUAUCACGCUGAUUAGCGACUUUAACCCUUUGAACAAGGACGGAAAAGUUCUGCUGACGACUCUGCGCAAAGAAUUGAGCACCAAGCAAACCAUAAAGGGAUCCGACCUUAAGACUCUGGUUGCCACCUCAAAAAUGGGUCUGAGGAUCUUUAAGGCCAGGCGCUACAUUGGCUGCAUUGGAUCGCGUCCGCUCCUGCGGAGCUUCACCUGCUCCCUGUGGACGUUGUUCCACUACUUGACCGUGGAGGCAGCCAAGCCGCCGCAGCUCGAGCCACCGGGUUCAGUUCUGAACGCCGUCCAUGGGUUCGCCAAGUACUUCUUUGGCUGCACCGACUGCUCACAGCACUUCCAGCAGAUGGCCAUUCGCCGGAACUUGACCUCGGUGAAGAGCUACGACGAGCAGAUCCUCUGGCUCUGGGCGGCCCACAACGAGGUGAAUCAGCGCAUCGCCGGAGACCCCAUCACCGAGGACCCCAAGUUCAAGAAGAUUCAGUUCCCCAGCUCCGAGAAUUGUCCCCCUUGCCGGGACAGCAAAGGGGAAUGGGUGAACGAGGAGGUCUUGAAGUACUUGAAAAGCUUGUAUGAUAAAAAGAACCUGAGCUUCUAUGGUCUUCCCACCCCAAAUGGAUACGACUAAAUACAUUUCAUUAAAAUACAUUGUAUUAUCCCUAUGUACAAGCAAACUAACAAUCAGUAAUUGCUAUAAAGUAAAAGUAAAUAUAUCAAAAGCUAUGACUUUAA